CUCUUGGAGACAACGUUGACGAGACGAUGCAAAACAUAUUUGAACUUUAAAUUAAAUUCACAACGCCUUUGUUCUCUCGAUCAACGAAUGACUUUGUAAUAAUUUUUGUACAUUUGGUGAUUGAAGCGCUCAUUAGUAAACAGUGAAAUAGACGAAAUACGUAAUUGCGGUACACAAUUACGAAGCCCGGCCCACAAAGAUAUCAUAUUUUAAGAAUAUGACAGUUCUGCGCGAUAUGAAGGAGCUAUAUAAUCAAACAGCUUGAGAUCCGCCAGUAGAAUUCAACAGCUUCACGGCAGCUGAAGCAUCGAGUGUCAACCAGCGUGUUUACAGAUGCCAGAUCUCUGUGUUGACACUGGACUCACUUUAAACAAAAAUUUCCAUAUCAAGGAGAACAGAACAUAAUGAGAGAUAUGUAGUUGGUUCGGCUGAGCCGGUGGUUUUACCACCACGCCAUUAAUGGGAAUGUCAGUGCAAAAGAAGUUCCUGUUAGGUUUUGUUUCUUUUAUUUUGUUUGUUUUCAUCAUUGGGUUCAUCAGCGGUUUUUUUGGGUGCCCGCGUGUUGAAGACAAAAGCUGUUGUGGCGCGAAAAACGCAGACGAUGAUGACACAUCCGGGAGAUUGUUAGAGCAACAAGCUUUAGAGCUCGUUUUGGGACAAAAGAUCCGCCAUUAUUUAAGGUAUUUUGCAAAUCAAACAAGUGAGGCAAACGACACUUGUUCGCAAGCGCUGUACAUCAAGAAGGAGUGGAAUUCUCUCGGGCUUGAAACUGUACAGUUAAAGCGUUAUGAAGUUCUACUCCCCCAUCCCAAGAGGCCUAGCGUACUGACAUUGACUGAUAACAAAGGAGCAGCGGUUUAUUCAUCAAUUUUAAAGUCCUUAACAGGAACAGAUGAUGCCUUAAAGACCACCGUUCCUUUUAGCGCCCAGUCUGCGUCUGGCGUGGCAACGGGUAAACUGAUAUAUAUCAAUUAUGGAAGGGACAGUGAUUUCAAGUACUUAGAUGCUAGUAACGUAUCAUGUAGAGGAAAGAUUGUAAUAGCAAGAUACGGAAGAAUCUUUGAAGAAAAUAAGGUUGUGAAUGCUCAAAAAUGGAAUGCUAAAGGACUCUUGCUGUACGUCGAUCCCGCUGACUAUGCUAGUCAAGACACAAUUAGGAACUUAUCGGAAAUCAUUGAAUGGUACCCCAGUAAUGAAGUACACAGUGGAGGCUUAUGGGUAAACAGAGGAGACCCGUUAACGCCUGGCUACCCAGCCACAACUGGAAUAUAUAGAGAGUCCUUAGAUGAUAUUCCACUACCCAAGAUUCCUGUUCAGCCGAUAUCACGCAGAGACGCUGAGACAUUACUAAGAAUGUUGAACCAUACCCAUGCGCCCCAAGACUGGCAGGGUAAUCUGGGUUUUUCAUAUGGAAUACAGAUGGACCCAAGUGACCAAAGGAGUAAAAGAUCUGGAAUAUAUAGAGAGUCCUUAGAUGAUAUUCCACUACCCAAGAUUCCUGUUCAGCCGAUAUCACGCAGAGACGCUGAGACAUUACUAAGAAUGUUGAACCAUACCCAUGCGCCCCAAGACUGGCAGGGUAAUCUGGGUUUUUCAUAUGGAAUACAGAUGGACCCAAGUGACCCAAGAAACAUUACCAUAAAUGUGAGUCUUUCCUUUGUUAAACGAGCUGUUUGUGAUGUUGUGGGAACUAUCAAAGGAAAAAUAGAGCCAGAUCGGUACGUUUUACUUGGAAGCCGCCGUCCGUCUGGUGGAACUGCAGUUGUCAUGGAAAUCGCCAGAAUUUUACUGUCCAUGCGGAAGAAAGGUGCUGUUGUGCAUCGCCUGUUAAAUAGCAUUAGAAAAAAAUAUUUUUAUUGUAAAAACACCUUUACAAUGAAAAAAAGACAAUUUGUCGUGACGUCUAACCCUCUACUGGAAAAAACAGUUCUUAAAGCCAUGAAAAAGGUGGCCUCACCACGGAACAAAUCAAGGACGUUGCACGAUGAUUGGAAAGACGCAAAUCCUGAUAAAACAGGAAAACAGCACGGCCUCUUAUCCAUAAAUAGAGGGAGUGGCUGCUCACCUUUUGCAUACAGAAUUGGUGUUCCUUGUGCAGAUCUUUCAUAUCAACUUAAUAACGACUCUUUGAAUUACCCACUACAACACCCGCCCUACGAUAUCCCUGACACCUUUGAAUACUAUAGGACGCUUGCGCAAGUUUGGCUACAAAUGACCUUUGAUAUCGCAGGCUCAGUUUUAGUGCCGUUUGACGUGACUCGCUAUGCAGACGCCCUGUGCACGUUUGGCACUGAUUUAUCGACAAGCUACAGUGGUAUUUUAAAGGAAAACAAUAUUUCACUAGACAUUUUGUUAAACGUCUCUCAAAAUUUCCUGACCACUGCAAAAAUGUUUAAGAAGUGUUUACGCAAACAGGAAAAGAAAGAUGUAUUACAAGUGAGAAUGAUAAAUGAUCGCUUACUACAAAUAGAUAGGGCUUUUAUUAACAAGGAGGGGGUACCUGGCAUGCCUUUCUUAAGACACGUGGUUCUUGCACCAAGUUAUUUUGAGGCUAAGCCAGACAGCAAGUUUCCAGGUAUCACAGACACUAUUCACAUCGCGACAAACAGUGGCAAGAAAAAAGACUGGAUGAGAGUUAAGAAGCAGAUUUCUAUGGUGAUACACGCUGUACGCUCGGCUAUUUCGGUUUUAAGGCCUCAGGAGGUUUAAACUUCAGUGAGGAUACUUUCAACAAAUUUUUAAACAAAGCCAAGAACUAUUUUAUAACCUACGGGCCCUUUAUGUAUGGAGAAAUUAUUCCUUGCGAGACAAUGUUGUGGAAACGAACAACAACUGUUAGGUGCUAAGGCCCUGUCCACAUUACGCCGGGAAAAUUUGAAAAUGCAGCUUUAUUUCCACUGUUAGGCAUACUGUCCAAAAUUAUCCGUCACCAAAACGGAGCUUUUCGAAAACGUUCUUCAAAGGGACGAAAUUUCAAAACGCCUCCGUUGACUUUUAGUGAGUACAAUUGGUGUACGGAAAGCAAUUUGAAAACGGAGAUUUUCGAAAACGAUGACGUCACGAUAAUCAUGUGCUUUCUUUGCCCGA